UAAUAUAUUUUUCAGUUUCAACUGAGCCAAGAGCCCAGCUAUAGAGGAGGAUUUUACAUUUUAAUUUACUCUCCAGUAGGCUUAAAAUCAUGGAAUCUAUUGUGGAUCCUGAUCCAUCAAGGGUCUCUGAUGAAGGGCCAGUAGAGGUAUCAGACAUCAAAGACAUCAUUGAUACAGAAGACAGGCUUGGCGAGCUGAAACUUCUCAAAGAAGAACAGGUGGAUCCUGAGCCAUCAAAGGUCUCUGAUGAAGGGCCAGUAGAGGUAUCAGACAUCAAAGACAUGAUUGAUACAGAAGACAGGCUUGGCGAGCUGAAACUUCUCGAAGAAGAACAGGUGGUACCUGAGCCAUCAAGGGUCUCUGAUGAAGAGCCAGUCAAUGAAGGGCCAGCAGAGAUGUCAGACAUCAAAGACAUGACGGAUUCAGUCGACAGCAUGUACAGGCAUAGCGAGCUGAAACUUCUCGAAGAAGAACAGGUGGAUCCUGAGCCAUCAAAGGUCUCUGAUGAAGGGCCAGUAGAGGUAUCAGACAUCAAAUACAUCAUUGAUACAGAAGACAGGCUUGGCGAGCUGAAACUUCUCGAAGAAGAACAGGUGGAUCCUGAGCCAUCAAAGGUCUCUGAUGAAGGGCCAGCAGAGGUAUCAGACAUCAAAUACAUCAUUGAUACAGAAGACAGGCUUGGCGAGCUGAAACUUCUCGAAGAAGAACAGGUGGAUCCUGAGCCAUCAAAGGUCUCUGAUGAAGGGCCAGUAGAGGUAUCAGACAUCAAAUACAUCAUUGAUACAGAAGACAGGCUUGGCGAGCUGAAACUUCUCGAAGCAGAAAAGGUGGAACCUGAGCCAUCAAGGGUCUCUGAUGAAGAGCCAGUCAAUGAAGGGCCAGCAGAGAUGUCAGACAUCAAAGACAUGGCGGAUUCAGUCGACAGCAUGUACAGGCAUAGCGAGCUGAAACUUCUCGAAGAAGAACAGGUGGAUCCUGAGCCAUCAAAGGUCUCUGAUGAAGGGCCAGUAGAGGUAUCAGACAUCAAAUACAUCAUUGAUACAGAAGACAGGCUUGGCGAGCUGAAACUUCUCGAAGCAGUAAAGGUGGAACCUGAGCCAUCAAGGGUCUCUGAUGAAGAGCCAGUCAAUGAAGGGCCAGCAGAGAUGUCAGACAUCAAAGACAUGACGGAUUCAGUCGACAGCAUGUACAGGCAUAGCGAGCUGAAACUUCUCGAAGAAGAACAGGUGGAACCUGAGCCAUCAAGGGUCUCUGAUGAAGAGCCAGUCAAUGAAGGGCCAGCAGAGAUAUCAGACAUCAAAGACAUGACGGAUUCAGUCGACAGCAUGUACAGGCAUAGCGAGCUGAAACUUCUCGAAGAAGAACAGGUAUCAGCCACCCCUGUACAAGUGGAGCAAUCAAUCUCAAACGAAGGAGUCAACUUGAUGGAAAAUGAAUGCAAAGACAAGGAACGACCAUCUAACAAAGAGAUAACUCUACCCACUGCCUAUGUCAAACUGUAUCGCAUUGGAGUGCUGGAUAGAAUUGCCAGAACCCUUCACCAAAAGCAGCGCUCUGAUGACGAUUAUGAUGAUGUUGAUGAUGAUUAUGAACCAUCAUCAGCUGAUAGUGGGAGUGAAUCGUCUGCAGAAGAGGAGGAAGAAGGCAGCAAUGAAGAAAUGGUAGGAGAGGGGAGGGUUUCAUGCAAAACAACUUCUAAAAAGCUUCAUCAAUGUACAUUCUGUGGAAAAAGCUUUUCUCAGUCUAGUCAUUUAACUUCUCAUUUGCGUAUUCACACCAAUGAGAAGCCUUUCCCGUGUACAAUCUGUACGAAAACGUUCUCACAGUCAAGUCAUUUAACAGUUCAUUUGCGUACCCACACCAAAGAGAAGCCAUUCCAGUGUACAGUCUGCACCAAAAGGUUCUCUGAGUCUGGUGUCUUGACUAGGCAUAUGCGUACCCACACCAAAGAGAAGCCAUUCCAGUGUACAGUCUGCACCAAAAGGUUCUCUCAGUCUGGUGUCUUGACUGGGCAUAUGCGUACCCACACCAAAGAGAAACCAUUCCAGUGUACAGUCUGUGCGAAAAGGUUCUCACGGUCUGAUUAUUUGGCAUUGCAUAUGCGUACUCACACGAAAGAGAAACCAUUCCAGUGUACAGUCUGCACCAAAAGGUUCUCUGAGUCUGGUGCCUUGACUAAUCAUAUGCGUACUCACACAAAAGAGAAGCCUUUUCAGUGCACAGUCUGUGCAAAAAGGUUCUCUGAGUCUGGUGCCUUGACUAAUCAUAUGCGUACUCACACGAAAGAGAAGCCUUUUCAGUGCACAGUCUGUGCAAAAAGGUUCUCUCAGUCUGGUGCCUUGACUAAUCAUAUGCGUACUCACACGAAAGAGAAGCCUUUUCAGUGUACAGUCUGCACCAAAAGGUUCUCUCAGUCUGGUGACUUGACUAAGCAUAUGCGUAUCCACACCAAAGAGAAGCCAUUCCAGUGUACAGUCUGCACCAAAAGGUUCUCUCAGUCUGGUGACUUGACUAGGCAUAUGCGUACCCACACCAAAGAGAAGCCAUUCCAGUGUACAGUCUGUACAAAAAUGUUCCGGAAUCGUCCUAAUUUGAAAGUUCAUUUGCGCACUCACACCAAUGAGAAGCCUUAUCAGUGUGAAGUCUGCACAAAAACAUUUUCUCAGUCAAGUCAUCUAACAGUUCAUUUGCGUACCCACACCAAAGAGAAGCCAUUCCAGUGUACAGUCUGUACCAAAAGGUUCUGCACACCAAGCGAAUUGACCAUUCAUAUGCGCACUCACACAAAAGAGAAGCCAUUCCAAUGUACAGUCUGUAGAAAAAGGUUCUCCCAGCGUGGAGAAAUGAAACUGCAUAUGCAUAUUCACACAGCUCAGAAUGACUGAAUUUUUUCUUCUCUAUUGCCUGGUUUUUAUUAGUAGGGUUAGUGGUAGAGUUCCCUGGGCAAGUAUUAACUAUCUUGUGAACUCUCCCAAUGAUAACGUUCAUGGUAGAGUACUAGUUUUUAGUAGAGUAGAGUGGGAUAGUACUCUACCACUUGCCUUCCCCCACCACCGCUUCUCACUCUACUCUACCACUACUAUGCUAAUGAAAACAGUCUUGAGCUAGUAGAGUAGAGUCGUGCCGUAGGCUAUCAAGUUCAAAAAGUAUUGUUAUUUAUUGAAAUUUAUUAAAACAUGUUAAUUUAUUAAAAUGUCGAGUGUUUAGGUGUUAAUUUAUUAAAAAGUAUUGACAUUUUAAGGUUAGUUCUGUUCACUAGACAACACACUUAACCUACUAUUCUCAAUUGUAGUGAAAACAGUUACUCGACCAAGUAAGUCAAGUACAGUUAGCUCGGUACAAUUAGUAUUUCAGUUACUGGACCACUAACUCUACUUGUGAAAACCAGGCUUAUUGGUGUGAUAUAAGUUUCCAAUAUUUCUAUUCAUUUAUUUAUUUGUAAAGCCAAUUCUCCAUAAGUAUGUUAUGCCUAUAGUGAAGUCCACGAUAUAAUGGCAGUGGAGAAUGUUAGGAGAACAACGUUGUCGAUCUUCUGUCUUGUCAAUUCCUUCUAUAGACGGUUUAUUGAUGUAAUAUUUACUGUUCAUCCUCGUU